ACAUAAACUUAAUUAUAAGCGCGUGGUAAUACAAGAAAACCACUGCAAGGAGCUGUCGAGUUGACUAAGCUCAGUCCCUCUCUCCGUAGUUAUUCGGCAAAACAAGUGGCAAUCAUGGAAAUGAGAGCAAUCCACCCUGUCCCAGACCACCUCACUCCCAGCCUGGCCCUUGUCUGCUCCAACGCCGCAUCGCCCACUGUUCCCGCCAACGACCUUUAUAUAUAGCCAUCUCCUUCCUCCUCCAUUCAGAUCACAUCAAAUGCCCAAAUCCACCCCAUCCGCCAUUGAAACCGAUCCGAUUCUGAUCCAGACCAGUUGCCGGAAGAGCUUCAUUACUCUCAUGGGCAUUUGCCUAUCCAGCGGCUCCUGCGCUGCGGACAGGGCCACCGCGAAGCUCAUCCUCCCGGACGGCCGCCUCGAGGAGUUCCCGUACGCCGUCAGGGUGUCGGAGGUGUUGAGAGCCUACGACGCCGCCUCCUUCAUCUGCAACUCCGACGAGAUGGAGUUCGACGGCGCCGUGUCCGCGGUCCCCGACGACGAGGAGCUCCAGCCCGGACAGCUCUACUUUGCGCUGCCCCUCAGCAGGCUGGACCGGCCGCUUACGGCCCAGGAGAUGGCCGCAUUGGCCGUCAGGGCCAGCUCCGCCCUCAUGAGGAGCCCCGGGUGGUGUGUGGGGUCGCGACGGAAGGUGGUGUUCCCGUUGGAGGGCCCCGGGGAUGGGGAGCAGAAAUCUGGUGGAGAUUUUGUCCGCUGCAGCGGUGGCGUCAGAGGCAGCGGGUGUCGGGACGGUGGCGGUGGUGGUGGGAAAGAGGGGAGGAGGAGGAGGAGGAGGAGUGGGAGGAGGAAGAAGUUCACGGCAGAGUUGAGUUCUAUACCGGAGUAGGGGUAGUUUUGGAAAAUUAGGUAUGGUGUAAAUACGAUUAAGUGUUUCUUGUUCUCGCUUACGCGUCGUGUUUUUGUAUUUUACACUGUGCAGAUCGACGAUUUUGGGGCUGUAUUGUCAAUUUUACCCUUGCAUAGUUUGAGAUUUACGGGAUC